ACCCAGGGCUCUCCCACCAGCCAGCACGCUCUGGGCGCUGGAGCCACCUCGAGGGGUGCUAGGUCUGCCCCAAGCAGCUCUUCACAGGGUCUCCAUGUUGUGCUUUUAAUUCUGCUGGCAGCUGACUGUGAUGUGCAGGGGCAUCCGACACUGCUGAGGAGGCUGAGCUGGGCUUGCUGGGGAGGGGCUGCAGUGAUGGUGACCCCUGGGUGACAGUGACCUCUGGGAUGUGGCACAGCUCCUCCCAGUGUCAGGCUGACGGCACAGGUCACGUCAGGGCAGGGCUGGCUAGGCCAAGUGACUCAGGCGCUUGUGGUGACCCUGCCCAGCCGUGGGCUCACCCCACCCUGGGGGGGGCGGCUCGGGAAGAGGCGAGCACAGAGCUGGCCGCGGUGUUAACCCUGUCCAACCCCCCGGCAGGGGACAAGGGGACACAGCACGGCUCCAGCCCCUCCUGGCUCGGGAUGUGUUGUCCCUGCACUGCUGGCGGGGCCGGGGCAGGCGGCACGUGCUGCUGAGUGACCUGCAGCCCCCCACACACAGCGGGGGCCCCUUGUGAGCCACGGGGGGGGCGUUUGCCUGGAGCUCCGACAGCUCUGAGCAGGGGGGAGGUGGCAACAGAUGGAGCUGGGGAAGGGUUUGCCUCUUCCUUGCCCAGGGAUCCCACUCUGCUACCUCCCCCCGACCCUGAGAUGGAGUGGCAGGAGACUGUGAGUCUCUGGCCCAGCCUAGUGUCAUUAAAGGGGCUGAAAGAAGAGCCCUGUGGGACACAGACAGCGUUUGUGACAUUGGCCAAGGCAUCCAUGGGGAGCUGGGGUUGGGGUGGUUACAGCCUUGGUCACCCCAGAGCCUCCUCCCUCCAUCCCAGCCCUCAAGGGACAGGGACACAGGCCACGGUGCUGAGUCCCUGGAGUUUAACAGUGAGGGGGAACAGCAAGGUGACCUGUGGGGACAGGGGCUGGGUGGGGCUGGAGGAGCCCCUGGGCUCUGGGGACACAAAUGGCUCCUCCAGCCCCACACUGUGUGCCCCUGUUCCCAAGAGGGGCUGCUCUUGCUGGUGAUCUGGGCAGGAGCAGCCCCUGAGGGUUCAGCUGCUGCAAUAGCAGCACAAGCAAAGGGUUAAGCUGAGCUCUACGCAGGGGAGGCCGGCCAGGCUCCCACCCCUUCCCUGUGCUCUGAUUCUCCACAUCCCCUGUGUUUGAUUUGCACCCUGCUGAGCAGCUGGGGAGGUUGGGGCCCUUGUGAGUACUGGGAAAGGUCUCGGUGCUCCACCGAAGACAGCCCCAAUACCAGUGGAAGAGCCUGGGGUGUGCAAAGGUACCGCAUCCCCAAUCCUGGGGGUCUGCGAGGGGGAGAGCAUGGAGCUGGGGUGGGCAGCCCUGGAGGCUGAGCGGGGUUCAGAGGUGCCCCCCAGCCCUGGGUACCCCCCAGCAGGGCCCAUCCCCUCACCCUGGCUGUGCUUGUGUCUCUGCAGAGCUGACACCAUGAAGCAGCUGAUCCUUUGUACCCUGCUCCUCUUGGCCCGUGGGGAGCUGGCCAGGGCAUGUCCUGCAGGCUGCCAGUGCCAUGACACCAAGACCAUCCUGUGUGCAGCCAGGCGGGGCCAGACGGUGCCCCAGGGGCUGCCCCCCAGCACCCUGUCCCUCUACGUCUUUGAGAACGGCAUCACAACGCUCAGCGAGGACAGCUUUGCAGGGCUGCCUGCCCUCCAGCUCCUGGACCUCUCACAAAACAAGAUCACCAGCAUCCAGAGAAACAUCUUCCAGCCCCUGACGGAGCUCGUCAACUUGGACCUGUCCUCCAACCAGCUGCAGGAGAUCACCAAUGAGACCUUCCAUGGGCUGCGGCUGCUGGAACGGCUCUACCUGCAGACGAACAGGAUCCAGCACAUCCACGCUGCUGCCUUUGACACGCUGGAGAAUCUGCUGGAGCUAAAGCUGCAGCACAACCAGCUCAGGGCUGUGCCCCCCCUCGACCUGCCCAACCUCCUGCUGCUGGACAUCAGCUGGAACAAGAUCCCUGCCAUUGCACCAGGGGCUUUCCAUGCCGUCAGCAUUGAGUCCCUGAAGAUCGCAGGGCUGGGCCUGACGAGCUUAAACGAGGAGCUCUUCCAGGUCCAAAACAACCUCCACGAGCUGGACAUCUCUGACAAUCUGCUGGAGCGCGUCCCAGCCGUGCUGCGGCGCCUGGGCAGCCUCACCAGGCUCAGCCUGGCCGGCAACGCCCGCAUCUCCCAGCUGCCAGCUGAGGACUUCCAGAGCCUCCACAACCUCCAGGAGCUGGACAUCAGCAACCUCAACAUCAACACCAUCCCUCGAGAUUUCUCCAGCUUCUUCCCCAGGCUGCGGGCCGUGACGGCUGCCGGCAACCCCUUCAACUGUAUCUGCCAGAUGAGCUGGCUGGUGCAGUGGGUGAACACCAGCGGCGUGCUCCUGCGGCGCCCUGAGGAGACGCGCUGCCACUUCCCCCCCAAAAACUCGGGCAAGCUCCUCCACCACCUGCAGUACACCGACUUUGGCUGCCCCACUGUCACCCCCACGCCCACCACGGCCCACACCACCACGCUGCCACCGCCCACGCCGCUGCCCAGCACCCACCGCCCGCCGCCGCCGCCCAGCACCGCCGCGCCCACCCCGAGGCCCAGAGAGCCCCAGGGCAGCUCCACGCUGGUGCCCUUCAGCGGCGCCCCGGCCCCCACCAGCCCCCCAGCGCCCAUCUGUCCCCCCCGCACGUGCCUGAACGGCGGCACCUGCCACCUGGGCACCCAGAACCUCCUGGAGUGCCUGUGCCCCGCAGGCUUCGCUGGCGUGUACUGCGAGGUGGAGGCGAGGGGAACGACGGCAGCCCCGGGCACGCCGGCCCUGCCACCUGCCCAGCGGGUCAGCAUCGCCCAGGUGGGCAGCACCUCCCUCAAAGUGGACCUGCACAGCUACAUCCAGUCCAAGGCGCAGCUGAAGGGAAUCCGCCUGAGCUACCGGAACCUGUCGGGGCCGGACAAGCGGGCGGUGAUGCUGCGCCUGCCGGCCUCGCUCUCCGAGUACACGGUGCGGGCGCUGAAACCCAACUGCACCUACCGCGUCUGCAUCGGGGCGCUGGGCGAGGCGCCCAAGGAGGAGCACUGCGCCGAGGCACACACCCUGCCCCUCAGCCUGCAGCAGCACUCCCCUGUCACCCAGAGCCAGGACCCCAACCUCGCCCUGAUCCUGGUCCCUGCGCUGGCUGCCAUGCUGCUGCUGCUGGUGGUGGUGACGGCCGCCAUGUACUACUGCCGGCACCGCCGCGCCAAGGCCCGUGCUGGUGCUGGGGUGGACACCGGCCCGCUGGAGCUGGAAGGGGUGAAAGCCUGCCUGGAAAAUGGGGAUUUGAGCAGCCACGGCUGCAAGGUGCCAGAGGCGGCCAUGCUUUCUGGCGGCUCUGAGUGCGAGGUGCCGCUCAUGCAGUCACACUACCCCAGCAACAACAACACCCCGGGGCUCAAACCCUCCUACUUCUGAACCCACAGGGCUUCCAGAGCCCUGGACACAGGAGGGCUGAGCUCCAGAGGCAGCACCUGGCCGUGUCCCUUUGGGAUACGGAUUGCCAAGGAGCUGACUGAACUGAGGCAGAACCCCCUCAUCCCACAACGUGCAAUUUCCCAGAGGCUGCCAUGCUUCAGGAGGAGACACGAAUUUUACUGCUCUGUGCCUUGAUUUCUGUGACUCUACCUAGAAGGUGCGCAGCGAAAGAGAAGGGGGGGUUAAUUUGGGGGUUGAGGGGCUUUUUUAGCUCCUGCUAAAGAGAAAGCUGCUGUGACUGGGCUGAGGGACGCCCACGUGCUGGUAACAAGGGUCCUUCAGUGGAGCACGGCCCGUGACUCGACUCCCUGGAAGCUGAUGUGAGCAAUACGGCCCGGCCGAGGUGCUGGGACCCUCGGGACCCCCCGGGCCAAAGGAAGUGCCGAGCAGGCAAACCGGGAAUUGAAGCUUUAAGAACUCAGAGAGAAUAUUUAUACAUCGUUAUUUCCCAUUUCUUCUGGGAAAACUUUUUUUAGUACAGGUUUGUGUACAUCUCUUUUGUAAGGCAGAUCAGAAGAGGGUGUCUUUUUGUAAAAAAAAAAAAAAAACCAACCCAAAAUGAUUAAAAUAACAACAACAAAAAGUUCUGUGCAGCCCUGAGUACCUCGGCAGGCACUGCCCGUCACAGGCAGGGGUGUGGGCAGUGUGGCGUGUCCCCUGCAGAGGAGCGGGAAGGUCGGCUGUGUCCUCCCGUUGUUGUUGGCGAGCACCGGGAUGAGUCAGGGCAAGGGAGGGGGGAGUUUUCCCGACUCUGGGCGUUUUUACCCCUAGGGCGCUGCCCCCCACCUCGGGCGCUGAGGAGGUGUUC